CUGAAAGAUACAAACACCUAGCAAGAUGCGUUCCUUCAUCAUCAUCGCCCUGUUCGCUCUGAUUGCCGUGGCUGCCGCUCAAGGUGGACGUCGUGGACGAGGAGGACCUCAGGGUGGACCUGGUGGUCGUGGAGGUCCUGGAGGCCCACAAGGAGGACCAGGAGGUGGCCCACAAGGAGGACCUGGAGGUCCUGGAGGUCCUCAGGGCGGACCUGGUGGCCCACAGGGCGGUCCUGGUGGCCCACAGGGCGGACCUGGAGGUCCAGGUGGACCCGGUGGACCAUGGGGUCUGCCUCCCAAUGCCACGCUGCCCAGCAACAGCACCACCACCACCACAACGACCACCUCGACCACUGAAGCUAGCACCACCUCAACCACGGAGGCCAGCACCAGCACCACCUCCACCACUGACACCUCUGCUUAAGUUGCCCGAGCUCCACAGCCAAUCUAAAAUCCAUUUUUGGCUUGUUCUGCUCUGCGCUUUCCCUGGAUAUUAAUAAAAGUCUUUCCUCCGCAAGAAGUAAA